AUGCCACGCGCACCCCCGCUGCCUAGCGAGCCCCCGCCACCUCCACCGGGCACCUAUGGCGUGGCGGCAGCACCGCCGCCGCCGCCGCCGCCAAACUCGGCGCCGCAGCAGCAGGCGGGCUAUGGCGGCGCCGCCUACCCAGCAGACCCGGCGGCUGCAGGCUGGGCUGGCGCUGGCAGCGGGCUGGACCAGAUGAGCGCCGAGCAGUAUGCGGCGAUGCCGCCCGACCAGCAGGCGGCGAUGUGGCAGCACUGGGAGGCAGCUCAGGCCGCUCAGUACGGCUACUACCAGCAGCAGCAGCCCGCUCCCCAGCAGGCGCCCACCCUGCCCGCCACCGUGCCGGCGGCCUACAGCCAGGCCUAUGCAGCGCAGCCGGUUGCUGGAUACGACGCCUAUGGCGCGCCAGCAUCCGGCUAUUCGGCGCCGGCAUCCGCGGCGAUGCCAGGCGCCGCCAUGUACCAGGCGGCGCCGGUGGCGGCGAUGCCUGCCACGCUGGCGCCGCCGGGGCCUGCCAGCGCUGGCGGGUUUGCGCCGCACCACCACAUGGUGCCGCCUGGCGGCGGGGGCAUGAUGAUGAUGAUGGGCGGCGGUAUGGCGAUGGGCCCAGGCGGCAUGCCGCUGCAGCAGCCCAAGAAGGCCAUCCCCGACUGGCUGCAGCAGGAGAUCCUGAAGCGCAAGGCGGAGUCGGAUCGGGAGGCGGCGCGCGAGGCGGCCCGCAAGGCGCGCCGCCUGCGAGGCAGCGACAGCGACGAGUCGAGCGGGUCGGAGGCAGAGGGCGGCGGGCGUGGCGCGGCGCAGAGGAGGGCCAGCGGCGGGGGCUCGCGCUGGGGCGGCGGCGAGCAGGACAGCGGCCCCGCCUCCGCGGCGAAGCAGGGCGGCGGCCGCUCAUCUGGGGAGGAGGAGGAGGAGGAGGCGGAGCCCGAGGCAAGCGCAUUCCGCUCUGCUGGCUGCCACAGCGCUGCGGCUUGCUGCGAGGAUGAGGCCACCCGGCGCGCCAAGCUGAACACAGAGGUGAAGCGGCACCUGGGCGGGGUGCUGGUGGAGGUCACAGAUGUGCUCAUAGAGGACAUUGCCAGGCAGGUGGUGCAAGGCGGCACCCAAAAGGCGCCCAAGGCGGGGGCGGUGGAGGUCCUGGCUCCUGGUGGGCUGGUGGCAGAGCAAGGAUCCAGCAGCGAGGGCAGCGAAGGCGCGGGCGGCGGCGGCGGCGCGCUGCUGGGGCUGGCAUAUGGCUCAGACGACGAUGGGGAGGAGGAAGAGGAGCAGCAGCAGCGGCAGGGGCCGGCAGUGGCGCCACAGCAGCAGCAGCAAGAGGGGCAGCAGCAGCAGCAGCAGGGCAGCGACAGCGGGGAGGCGAUGGAUGAGGACAGCGGCGACGAGGCGGCUAGCGGCGGCGGCGGCGCCGGCGGCGCCGCCUCCGGGGCCCCGCCCGCCCCCUGCCGCCCCCGCCCCUGCCCCUGCCGCCGCCGCGGCCGCCCCGCAGCCCUUCCUCCCUCCUAUGCCGUCCGCAUCCACGCGCUGUCCACGGUGCGGGAGACGGAGGGGCACCGCCUGGAGGCCAUUCCCAUGCCUGAUGCAGCCACAGCACAGACCGACAUUUCCAGCCGCAUGCUGCAGGCGCGAGCGGAGCAGGAGCCCUCAGCGGCGGCGGCACAAGUCGCGCAGCCGGAGCCGUGGAGGUGGUAG